AUGGCGGACAGCGCCAGCGAGAGCGACACGGACGGCGCCGGCGGCAGCGGCGCGGGCGGCGGCCCGGCGGGGCCGCUGGCGGCGGGCGGCCCGGCGGCGGGGCCCGGCUCUGGGGUGGCGGGCGGCGGCUCGGGGGGCAAGGCGGGCGGGAUCGUGAUUUCGCCGUUCCGGCUGGAAGAGCUGACGAACCGCCUGGCCUCACUGCAGCAGGAGAACAAGGUGCUGAAGAUCGAGCUGGAAACCUACAAGCUCAAGUGCAAAGCGCUGCAGGAGGAGAACCGCGACCUGCGCAAGGCCAGCGUCACCAUCCAAGCAAGGGCGGAGCAGGAAGAGGAAUUCAUCAGUAAUACUCUAUUUAAGAAGAUUCAAGCUCUGCAGAAAGAAAAAGAAACACUUGCAGUUAACUAUGAAAAGGAAGAGGAAUUCCUCACUAAUGAGCUUUCAAGAAAACUGAUGCAGCUGCAGCAUGAGAAAGCUGAACUGGAGCAGCAUUUAGAGCAGGAACAGGAAUUUCAAGUGAACAAACUCAUGAAGAAGAUUAAAAAACUGGAAAAUGAUACAAUUUCAAAGCAGCUUACCCUGGAGCAGCUAAGACGUGAGAAGAUUGACCUUGAAAAUACUUUGGAACAAGAACAAGAAGCACUAGUGAAUCGUCUCUGGAAGAGGAUGGAUAAGCUUGAAGCAGAAAAACGAAUUUUGCAGGAGAAAUUAGACCAGCCAGUAUCUGCCCCACCAUCACCCAGAGACAUAUCAAUGGAGAUAGAUUCUCCAGAAAAUAUGAUGAGACAUAUCAGAUUCUUAAAGAAUGAAGUGGAGAGAUUAAAGAAACAACUGAGGGCUGCACAGCUACAGCAUUCGGAGAAGAUGGCACAAUAUUUAGAAGAGGAGCGACAUAUGAGAGAAGAAAACUUGAGACUUCAAAGAAAAUUACAGAGGGAAAUGGAACGUAGGGAAGCACUCUGCAGGCAACUGUCAGAAAGUGAAUCCAGCUUAGAAAUGGAUGAUGAAAGAUAUUUUAAUGAGAUGUCUGCACAAGGAUUAAGACCUCGCACUGUGUCCAGUCCUAUCCCUUAUACACCCUCACCAAGUUCUAGCAGACCUAUAUCACCUGGUCUGUCAUAUGCAAGUCACACAGUUGGUUUCACACCACCAACUUCACUGACUAGAGCUGGAAUGUCUUACUACAAUUCCCCAGGCCUUCAUGUGCAACAUAUGGGACCAUCCCAUGGCAUUACAAGGCCUUCACCACGAAGAAGUAACAGCCCUGACAAAUUUAAACGUCCCACUCCUCCUCCUUCUCCAAACACGCAGACCCCAGUGCAGCCACCUCCGCCACCACCUCCACCACCUGUGCAACCUUCGGCCCAAUCCGCAGCAUCGCAGGCAGCCACUUUUCAACAUUCAGUGCAUCCCUCCUCUCAGCCUUAGUGCAUGUGCUCAGCAGUCUUUCUGUCAGAAGUGGACUAAUAACAUGGAGCAGUUUACUAAAAGCCAAAGGCUUACUUGGCAUAUUUGGAUUUGACUUAUUUGCACUGAGGUUAUAUAGGCUUCACUGUUAAUUGUGUUGUAAACAUUUGUAUAAAAUGCAGCCAGUGUUGUGGGUCUACAACACUAACAGUUUUCCAUCAGUGUUUACUUGAACUACAUGUAUGUCCAUUCUCUGGCUGGAACAUUUGCUAUUUUGGUUGGUAAUACGGCAUUAUGUCGUUUUGCUUGGCUCCAAAGCUUCAUUUUCCUGGCUUUUAGGUUUGUAAAAUCAAAGGGAUACCUUUUUUUAUAUUUUUUCAUGACAAUUUGCAGAGAAUUAAAGGCAUGAUGGGCUAUAAUGAUGAAUUCUGAAAUGUUCCAGUGUUUACCGAGCUUAUGGAAAAUCAGCACUACUUUUCAAUCGUUUGAAAUGACAGCUAAGUGCAAAAGUGAGUCAGACACCCUAAUCAGUGCCCAAGACACACAUACUCUAUUGUAUUAUGUAGCUUAAUUCAGCACACGGGACACAUCUGUACUUCUGUUUAAAAGCACCUCAACCGUAUGGUACAGUCUGAAUCUUGCAGUGAGGGAACUGGCUUGUUGAAGUCUGUGGAAUGUACAAUUUGUGGACCUUAAGAUUUGAUGACUUCACUUGACGUUUAUGUUAACCUGUAAGCUGCCCAUACUGUGUGAUCUGUCACAGUUAACUUCGGUAAGUGUGGUCCUGCCCACAGGUUGCUGACAGCUGAUUAAAGUGUGCUCUUUGGUUUUAUUUUUUUAU